CAAUUGCGGGGUAUCGAUACAAGUGAGAAGCGACUUUGGAGUCGAACUACUCACUUCGUCAAAUAGUAUCAAAAACAUAGUAGACAAUGGAACUGAACUACACAGCAGAGGACCCAAUCGCCUUCCCCUUCAAAAUGGUGUCGGGGGAAGUUCAGCAACAUAUGCUGGGCUGGAACAUUCCUGCAGAACACCAAAGCCUGGUGCACGAACACUGGCGCCAGUUUCCAGCGGUAGACAAGUUCUCUCACUACCUUCUGGCACUCAUCUAUUUCAUCCUGAUGAUUUCCUCUAUCACCGGCAACUCGCUUGUUAUUUGGAUCUUCAGCACAUCCAAAUCACUUCGAUCUGCAAGCAACAUGUUCAUUGUCAAUCUGGCUAUAUUCGAUUUAACCAUGAUGCUGGAGAUGCCCCACUUAAUAGUGAACUCGUUUUAUCAAAGAAUGCUUGGCGAUCAGAUUGGGUGUGACAUUUAUUCCGUAUUCGGAGCCUUAUCAGGGAUCGGUGGAUCAAUUACAAAUGCUGUCAUAGCUUACGACAGAUAUAAGACUAUCUCGUGCCCGAUCGAUGGUCGCAUCAACAAAGUGCAAGCAUCCAUCUUGAUUGCAAUCACCUGGAUGUGGGCAAUGCCAUUCACUCUUCUACCCUGGACUCGAGUCUGGGGCCAAUUUACAACUGAGGGUUUCCUUACCACUUGCUCAUUUGAUUUCUUGAGCGAAGAUCAAGAUACAAAAGCCUUCGUUGCGUGCAUAUUCUGCUGGAGCUACGUCAUUCCCAUGACUCUGAUUUGCACAUUCUACUCUAAAUUAUUUGUUGCGGUACGUCAUCAUGAGAAAAUGCUGAAGGAGCAGGCCAAGAAAAUGAACGUCAAAUCCUUGGCUUCGAACAAGGAAGAUGCUGGUAAGAGCGUGGAGAUCAGGAUAGCGAAGGUGGCCUUCACAAUCUUCUUCCUAUUCGUUUGCUCUUGGACUCCCUACGGUGUCGUUGCUAUGAUUGGAGCUUUCGGUGACAGGUCUCUUCUUACACCUGUAGUCACAAUGAUUCCAGCUGUCUUCUGUAAAACUGUCUCCUGUAUCGAUCCUUGGGUUUAUGCUAUUAACCACCCAAGAUUCCGGGCUGAAUUGGAGAGGAGAGUUCCAUGGAUGGGUGUCCGUGAACCCGACCCAGACGCGACUUCCACUAACGCCAGUACAUCGACAACACCAGCUGAUGCCUAAAAGUUUUAUAACAGCAGAUUUACUUUAUAGACCAAAGCAUGGAGAAGGGACACGAUUAAAUUUAGAGAAUGGCCUCUUCACAUUUGUCAGGGCGGAUUAAGGUAAAAUAAAUUGUUUUAAAAUCUUUUUUUGACGGUUUAAUGUGCAUUGCGAAGGCAUAACCGUGUUGCGAAUGAUCCAAUCCUGUUGAUAAAUAUGGGGAGACCGUUUCUAUCACAGCAGCUUUAUUAUAAGAAAAUGUAAUUGUAAGUACUUGAAUGUAAAAAAGAAAUGUAAAUGUUUCUAACCAAAAACAACUGAUGACACCGACGACUAUGGCUUUUUUAUCGAGCAAUUAAAAAUUAAUUAAAA